AUGGAGAAAGCGCUUGACGCUCGAGCGCGAUUACGUCAGAAAAGGGCGAUGACAGCGGAAGAAAUGGAUUCAUUUUGCGCGAUGUACGACGAUAUCAUCAAAGCAUUCGAACUUCAACGAAAAGAAAAGUACGAGGCUGAGGACUCGCUUCUGAGCCUCGCGAUGGUAAUGGAAAAGACGAGACAAAAGUACAUCGACCUGAACUCCGAAGUCAUCGAUUUGCGCCAUAAUAACAACGUUCUCCAAAACGAACUUAAAACUAUCUCCACCAAAUACAGGCUCGCUCGGGACUCCUUGUAUGAAGAGACAAAGGCAAAGGAAAUGUUGCAGAAGGAAAUCAAAGAUAUGGAGGGCACUGUGGCCCUCGUAAAAGAUAUCAUCUUCGAAAACAACCAGAACAUCAAGCUCGAUGAAAGUCAACGGAACCGGCUGGUCCGGGCGUGCUCCGUCAAGAGAACAGAUUCGAUUCGAGCGACUCCAAUGAAAAAGCUCAUCCCAAGAAGACCGGUUGCAGAAGAAACAUUUUUUGAUGAGACUUGCAUGAGCCAGGAUGAUGUUUCUUUCGACGAAACACUUGAUGAAGAAGAAAUUCAGCCGAUGACUCCUGUUUUCAAAACUCCAAGACGUGGAAAACGGUCUGUUGAUACGCUGAAAAUGGACGAAACAAACUUACCAGAAGCAUCCAGCACGAUUUGCUCCAGUGAAAACGACUCCAUGGCCAAAAAGUCAAAGGUGAUGGAAGAGUCUGAACCCGCCUUCAAGGGUACAGUUUCUGCGGUGAAACGCCGCAGUCAAGGUUUCACAAAACCAACAGGCGCUACCGCACGACGGCGGCAAAGUCGUCACUUCAGGCAAUCUGCAAUCAUGGAGGACUCAUUUGAAGUGAUUCAAGAAGAAAAGACACCUGAUACGACUCCUGAUACAAUUUCGAACGCAGACUCUUUCUUCCAGACGCCUCAAAUCGUCGCCAACACUGCAAAGCCGAGAAAAUUGAAGCUUGAUAGAACUAGCAGCGUUUGCUCUGACAAAUCGAACAGAUCAGACCUUGUUGAGCACAAAUUCACCACAAGCCGAGUCUUGACUUUUGAAACCUGCCGAGUUUGCUUCAAAGGCAUCAAGUUUUAUUCGAAAGCGAGCAAGUGCGAUGAGUGUAAGGUCAUCUGCCACCCUGAUUGCGUCUCCAAGCUUGACAUCACCUGCAAAGAUACGAGCGUUCCGAUCGAGAAAGUUACCGUCGGUCCAAAGCCACUUGAAGCCUUUGUCGACAAAUCCCAAAAGCCGCGUAUUCCUGGGGCGAUUUAUUACGCUAUUCACGGCGUCGAUCAGCAAUUGACUGAAGAGGGUAUUUAUCGAAUUCCCGGGUCAACUAAAACUCUCCAGGAAAUUAAACGCAAGGUUAUAUUUGGUGACGUUAACUCUGUCGUCUGGGCGGAUAUCGACGUGCACACACUUGCAUCGUUUGUCAAGGACUUCCUUAGAUGUCAAAUCUCCGAACCAAUUCUCACAUUCAAGCUCCUUCCACAAAUUAUCGAAGCCGCAAAGCAUGGCUACUCUGAAGUGCUGAAGAAGCUCAUCAAAAAGCUUCCUGAUGCUAAUCGAGACACCAUCGCAUUCAUCAUCGUCCACUUGCAAAAUGUCAUCACGAAUUCGAAGAAAAACCAAAUGUCCGAAAACGCUCUCGCAAUCGCAAUCGGACCCUCCUUGGUCGGCUUCACGAAAGAUAAACCUUCGGCUCAAGAAAUAAAAGAUGCCGCUGAAUAUCAGGAGAUCGUUGCUGAAAAUCUGCUUCGCAUUCCAAGGGACUUCUAUUGGAGCUUGAUGGACGUACCUGAAAACAAUAUUGUCGCUAACGAAGGUGCCGACCCGCUUUGA